AGAACCAGAAGUGUGCUUCAACCGUGUUCGCAUCGGGGUUUUCUUGAACAAUCGCUUGGCUUUUCUGAUUCCAUUCUCGCUUAAAACAAUUUGAGGACAUCGCCAUCAUGGAUAUUCCAAAGUUACAUCUUAAAGCUGAUGAAUGGUGGAGUUUGAAAAAAGGCAUGGAAUCAAAUUCAGAAGACUGUCGAAUCAUCGUCAACGACACGUCGAAUUACUUAAUGGAUUAUAAUCCAGAUCUCACAGAUGCUUCCGACAUUGUCGUUGACUUGAUGUUGGCCGAAGACGUAGACUGUCAUAUCAAGAUCCUGAUGAAAAAUGGAAAGUGCCUUCUUGCACCAUUCGAGAACUGGCGGGGAUAUAGUAUAUUUGCUCAAAAAGCCAUAGGCCAAGUUACCUCGCCAAAUCAAAUAAUUAACAAAUGGAGGCAUUAUAAUAAUGGAGAGGUCUGUGAGCCUCCUAAGAAAAAAAUGAAAAGUAAAAGAAACCCUGAAGCCAAAGCGAUGCUUGCAGGGUAUCACGCAAACAUUAAGCAAUGUUUUGUUGGCGUUUUUUCGAUGAAAAUUGAUUGUCUGGUACCUGCAAAUGAUACCAGGAUGGUGAGAAUGCAGGAUGGAGAUUUUGUCAAAUCUUUAACUGCGCGUAUGCUCUCAAAACGGAGCAUAUGUAUUGAUUCGGCUCCACCGGUCAUAGGGCUUAUUGACAAAAAUAUAUGUCCUUCUAAGUCCAGCUUCUCGGAUGACCUGUUGGAGAGGGGUGCUAUCGAGGUUAUCGAUGGCAACCACUCUGUUCUCGCCCAAAAGGCUGCCUUUGAAGCUACCAAGGAAAAGGUCUUCGAAAAAAGAUUGGUAGCAGUCUAUGCUGGACUGACUGACCAACAGGCCCUCUCUCUAGGAGUCUCAAAAAAUCAGGAUGCAUGCCAUGUCCUCAAGAUGACUCCAAUUGAGGAGAUAAAGCUCUUCCGGCGGGAGCUUUACUACACCAACAACAUCCCUCUGACAGAGGAGCCCCCACUACCAACUUCGUUGUACUAUAGUACAAUAAAGCAUAUUCUUGGUAUAUCUACGAAAAGUGCUAUGGAUUCCAAGAGGAUGGCAAUUAAGUUGGCUUCUCUGUCAAAGAGAUGUUUUGUCAUCCUUGAGGCUUUAAUGAAGGAGAAGCCUGGGUUGAAAGCGUAUAAGUUUCAGGCUCUCCAGGGCAUAGCAGAGGAGAACGACGUCUUUAAGUGUUUGCAGCGUUUUCAGAGAGACGGGCAUGAUGAAUUUUUGGUCAAAUGCUCUGAAAUCAAGGGCACAAUAAAUACCACGCAAAGCAAUCAUCACAAACUUGAAGUACAUGUAACGCCGCAGACUAUCCAUGUGACCAAACUGCACCAUGCCAAUACUGCAACAAUAACACUAAAUGGCAAAUCACGAGAAUGGAAAGCAGAUGAAUUGUUCCAGGCUCUUACAGAUUAUACAAGAAAUGAAGCAAUGGAUUUGGAAGGAAGCGGGCCACUGGAAUCCUCCAUUCUCUCAGGAAUAGGAGAUGAAGAAGAAGAAGAGUCCAAUGAGUCUGACAAUGACUCACAUGUUGAUACUGGAAGAAUGAGUGAGCUGAUGGAAGUAGAGCCCUUAGCUGUCAGCAGAUCUCCGGCUAAGAAAUCAAAGGAGCCAGCUCCAGCAGGGCCCUCAGUUUCUAGGAGGAUAACUAGGCAAUCUCCGAAAAAGCCAGGUCCUACAAUCACUAUAGAAGACGAUCCGUACGAGUUUGAUAAUACAGAUGAUGGAGAGUACAAGAUCAUAGAUGAUCUGAGUGAUCUCAAAGUUGGAGAUAACAUCCUGAUCGAUCCCCCACCCAAGCAAAAGAAAACAGACGAGCCAUGGCUUGGGAAAGUCACAAGAAUUACGAAAAGAAAAAUAUUUUUUGAAUUUUUUUUGGGAAGUUACACUACUUCUUGGGAGAUAGGGGUAUAUGGGGAAGAUUCUGUUCUUCCAAAGCAGGUAGUGUGUAUCGUACAGUGGGAUGAAAAACUACCUAUGCCUAAUGGAUUAGUUCAAGCAUUGAAAAAAAUGCUUGACUAAUCUUAUACUAUCUUUCAAGAUAGUAUAACUACCCUGAAGUCAUACAUGAGAAUAAGCUUCUUUGUAGUUACUCAUCUCGAUUCUUCUCUCUUCUCUGUACUUGACCUUUCUCUUAGUGUAUUUCUCCAAUCCUGUUUUAUUCUCAUCUAUUUCUAUAUCUUCUUUAAUACUACACCUGCAAAUCUUUAAGCCUUUUGAGGUGCACCUCAAGAGCCCUCAAUCUUGGAACACAAUUGUUGCAUUUUAUACUGUGAUAAGUAUAAUUUUUCUGCUCGCAAUGUACAGUGUAUUUUACCAGUAAUGAGCUACUGCAUCAUUAUGUAUUUAUGAUUAAUUGACAUGUUCCUUUUUUCUAAUCCAUUCUAAAGUAAAGAUUAUUGAAUAUACAUGGUAUGUAAAGAUCUAUAAAAGAAAAGAGAUUCUGCAAAAUGUGUCUUGUAAAAAGAGAGAGUAAAAGAUGAAACACUAAUCAAAUAAUGCCCCUGCGAAAAAUCAAACUUAUGAAAAUCAUUUUGAUCCUGUACAAUUUUUUUGUUUAAGUCUCCAAAACCAUUUCAACAUGCACAAAUAUGUAUGGUCUAUUUUUGUAUAAGUAAUUUAUUUUCAUACUACAUCAUUACAAUUGAUUUCUUAUGUAUGUUACUGUCAAUGGUGUAAAUUAAAACACGUAAUGAAAAUGUGAAUAUAGUAAAUACAAUAAUAAAUAAUUAUUUAAUGAUCACUUA